AAAUAAUUUUUUGAAGUGCAGCAAAAAAAUCAACAGGAACAUUUUCAGGGCAUACAACCUGACAUGCAUUCUUAUGUGGAUACUAGUUUCGGUUUAAUGAAGUCUUACAUUGAUGAACAAAAUCAAAAUAUGCAGAAUGAGUUAACCAACUGGAAAUCACAUAUGGAAUCAAUUGUAGCCUCUGUACAACAUGAUUUUCCCCCUCCAACAAAUCAAGCUGAAUUUGAAAUGCCUUCAACAUCUGAACAUGCAGAAGACAUCGAAAGAUCAACAAAAGAAAAAAACGGUAAGCAAAAAGAGACACAAUCUCCAUCACCAACGGCAACGAAUACUUUAGAAGAUUAUAACAUCGACAAAUACAAAAACAUUAGAGAAUGGAUAUCAGAAAAUCCAUCAGAUGCAUACUGGAAAGAUGAAAUCGGCAAUCAAUACGCAAGACAUUCGCUGAUAAAUAUAAUAAAUCAAAUUAAAGAUAUAAAUAUUGUGGUAAGUCAACUUUAGCAAUCUUUAUUAAUUUUACUUCGUUAUUAAUAUAGCUAAUUUAAAAUUUUUUUACUAACAUAUUGAUAUAGAAUUAAAGCUGUUGCGAAGAAUCAUUCAUGAUACAUCUUCCCCGGUUUCCAAAGAAUAUGCAAUCAUGGACUUUCGAUUCGAGAAUGAAUGUGUUCAUUGGUACACAACGAUCAAACAAGGAGCAACCGCUUCUGUGAAUAAUUUCCAGGCAUUAGAGCAAUACACAAAAGGAGAAUUACCUACAUUUAC